CAGGUUCACGGAACUUGGGGUCUGCCGGGAUUCGUUUGCGAUUUCUACAUCGCCAUGGACGUUACCUGUUCCACUUCGUCAAUUUUUAAUUUGGUUGCAAUAUCGAUAGAUAGGUAUAUAGCAGUUACGCAACCUAUUAAAUACGCCAAACAUAAGAACAAUAGAAGAGUAUGGCUUACGAUCGCUUUGGUUUGGGUAAUAUCGGCUGCCAUUGGAUCCCCAAUUGUUCUCGGCCUCAAUAAUACCCCCGAUCGCGUUGCAGACGCCUGCCUUUUCUACAAUAGCGACUUUAUAAUCUACUCAAGCCUCUCAUCUUUCUACAUUCCUUGCAUUAUUAUGGUUUUUCUAUAUUACAAUAUCUUUAAGGCUUUGAGAAAAAGAGCUUUACAAGCGAAAAUGAGUAGGAAACCUUUACCGCACGAAAUCAAGCCGGGAUCUGUGAUAGAAAACGUGGCCAACACAAGAAAAUUGGCCGAAACGACUUUGGGGCCGACCACGGUGGAAGAACCGGCUACAAACACCGGAUCUGGGUCGGGAGAUGAAGACGAUGAUGGUCCAGAAGUCGACUGCCACGUUAUCUCCAACGAUAAAAGCACAGAAUUCAUUUUAACAACGGUUGCUGAAGAAGCCACGAUACCGACCAUUGCAACUUUAACUUCUCCGGCUACGUUAGCGGAUCCGAAUGGCAAUAACGACUCCGGUUACGCUCCGAGUCAAACCGAAACCGUACUUCCGGAAAGUCCACGAAGAAGUAAACUUUUACAGGCGGCAAAACGAAAUGGGGCGGCCCCGGAUACUGAAAUGAGGACCGCGGUAACCGGAGUAAAUUCAGGAUCGGCGCGAUCAACAGGGUCGAAGAAGGAGCGAAAAGCGACCGCCGGCGCCAGGUUUACAAUAUACAAGGUGAACAAAGCCAGUAAGAAAAAGAGGGAGAAAUCGAGCGCGAGAAAGGAGCGGAAAGCGACGAAAACGCUUGCCAUUGUACUCGGCGUUUUCUUAAUAUGUUGGGUCCCAUUCUUCACGUGCAAUAUCAUGGACGCAAUGUGCAGCAAAUUGGGCUUGAAUUGUCAACCGGGAGUUGCAGCUUUUUUAUUGACAACUUGGCUAGGUUACAUGAACAGCUUCGUCAACCCAGUUAUCUACACCAUUUUCAACCCCGAAUUCAGAAAAGCCUUCAAGAAAUUAAUGUGUUGGACAACUUAAAAUUAAAAAGCUUCCAAUGUAAUCUUUAGUAAAUAAUAAUAAAUCUAAGUAAGUUGGGAUGGACAAUCUAUUCAGAUAUUGCAACAUCUCAACUUUUUAGAUUUAUUAUUAUAAAUGUUAUGAUUUAAUAAUUUUUGCUCAAAAAUUAAAUAACUAUUCGCUAAAGAAUUAUAAAUACAAUAGAGAACCUGUGUACCUAAGUAGUCCAAUGAUUGAUAAAGGGAUUUAUUUCGUUGUUAAGAUGUUAAAAAAAUUGCUGUUAAUUAAUUGUUUUAUCAAAUAAAAAAAGAAAAAAACUGACACGAAUUUAUUAAGAACAUAUCAUGAAUUUGUUAAUAAGUUUUGUUAUCAAGGCGAGUGUGGGGAGAAGAUUCCUUCGAAAUAAGCAAAGAAAAAACGGCAAUACAUAAUAAAAUGAACAAGAUGUUUUUGUAGAUUAGGUUGUAAAGAGGUUUUAUACUGUUCUUUGUAAAUAAAUCUUUAAAUUAUUAUAAAUCCCGGCUCCUCUUUAUGAAUAAAUAGAAUAAACACUAAAAAGUGUCGUGCAUACAGUAUUAGAUGAAUUAAAAUAAUAAAAUCUAUCAAGAAAAGAAAAAACGUAAAAACCG